GGCUCCUGUUAGUUGCUCCAGCCACCACCCUUUUGGUUCCUAACUCCCAUCCCAGACUAGACAGCCACAGCUGCCUUCCUGCCGGCUCCCUGCCUACUGCUGACCUGAGAGAAGAGUUCCUCAAGGUCAAGGCCAUGGCCCAAGUACCCGUUAACCUGGAUCUGUGCCCAAGUACCUGGGAGCCUUUGGAGCCAGCUCAGAUUCAGAAGCUCAUCAGCAGGGGCCAAGAAGCCAAGAAGUUUGCCUACUGUCCCUACAGUAACUUCCCAGUGGGGGCAGCUCUCCUGACCCAGGAUGGGAAGAUUUAUUCAGGAUGCAACAUAGAAAAUGCCGCCUACCCAUUAGGCAUCUGUGCAGAACGCACUGCCAUUCAGAAGGCCAUCUCGGAAGGACACAAAAAGUUCCGGGCUAUUGCCAUUACCAGUAACUUGACGAAUGACUUUAUCACACCAUGUGGAGCCUGUAGACAAGUAAUGAGAGAGUUUGGAAAACACUGGUAUGUCUACAUGACAAAAGCAGAUGGUACAUAUGAUGUCAACACCGUCCACGAACUCCUGCCUAAAUCAUUUGGACCAGAUGACCUGAAGAAGUCCAAGUAAAGCCUGACGAUGGAGUUGUCCAAAUGAGAGCCUUUUCAAGCACCUGUGCAGAUUCCCUCUUAGAAUAUUCCAGUAUCAUCAUGCCCAUCGCAACAUCAUAUGACUUCAUCCUAAUGCUGCCUAGGUCGGAAGCACUGACUGCAUCUUCUGUUCAGUCUCGAGACCUCUUUAUCAUUUAUAUUUGAAGUGCCUUGAAUAUACUGCCUAGUAAUAAGGGAAAGUAUAGCAAUCUGGGAGUCCAGAGGCCUGUAUUAUGUUUCCAACUCUGCCUCUAACUUCCUAUGUGACCUCAAGAGUAGUCAUUUAGACUCUGCAAGCUUCAUUUUCUUUUGUUAUCAAAUCAGAAUGUUGGCCUAAAUCAGGGAAGCUUAAGUUUGCAUCCUGGACAGUCUGGAGAAGCCUAUGGAUCCCUUCUCAAAAGAUUGUUUUUAAAUACACAAAAUACAUAGAACUGAUUAUAUUGAAAUACUAAUAACAAAAAAAUUUUUUUUCAAAAACAACAACAAAAACGAGUUCACGGAGUCCAGGCUAAGAACCUUUGACCUAGGUAGUCUCCAAUUCACAGUUUUCCAAUUUAAACAUUCUGUAUGUUAAGGUCCAUCCUAUGUGUUCCAGCUCAGGUCUAACAUUCUAUUGUUCUCAGUUGUCCCUAGAAACUGUAGCCUUCAUUGAACACAGGUACCAAUCUGAAAUCCUGCUGACAGCCAAGACCUCUCUCUCCAUCUCCAUUUUUUCAUUGUGGAUAGAGUCAAGAAGUAAUUUUAAGUAAGUAAUUUUAAAAAUUAUCCAAUUUCUAUUUUAAUUCUCAGAGCUGGAACCAAAAUAAUCACUCUUUGGUGGCCAACGUUCUGAUGAUUGUAGCUGGAGCCAUGGGGGCCAAAGUCACUGUGUAUUCAUGAUUUAAGUCCAACUUCCUCUCUCUGGAUGCUGCACCUCAUACUCCAUAAGCUCUAAGCCCAAACCAAAAGGUGUGACUCCUCCCCAAAUGUCACUCAAACAACCCAAAAUGUCAUAACAACCAAGAAGGGACAUAGACCUCUGAUGUUUAAGUGACAAAUGUCCUUUCUGGGUUGUUGUAUAAUUUGCAUGGUAUCGAUCCCAUCCAAUCUCAGACUUAAGAGGAAGAAGAUCCUCCAUGGUCCUGUCAUUUCUUUUUUUUGAAUCCUUGAUACAAUAUUCUUGGGGUAUUAAAUUAUUAAAGUUAACGAAGUUACUAUAAAUAUGAUAGACACCCUCAACUAGUCUAUGCUCAGGCCUUGCUCAUCCCAGCUCAUACCCAAUUUAACCAGUUUAUUCACAAAUCCAAUAGAACAAGGAUAAUCAACAAGACAAGCCUGAUUAUUGGCCUUCAUCAUCUUCUCCCAUUAUAUUAUUUCCCUGUCAUUUCUUUUCCUGUGUUUAUCACAAAGCUACCUUCAUACACUUUAUUUUUUAUUUUUAUUUUUUGAGAGGCAAUAAGAGGUUAUGACUUAUCCAGGAUCACACAGCUGGUAAGUAUCUGAGGCUGAAUUUGCACUAAUUUGAACUCUAGUCCUCCUGACUCCAGGACUGGCAUUCUGUCCACUAGCACACAGCAUCAGUCAAUUGAAUCUCUCUAUCCAUAGUGAAAUGACAUCCAACCAGCCAGAUCCUAUCAGAACUUUCCUCACCAGUGUCUUGACUUCAAAAUAUUCUUGCCUGAAAUCAGGAACUAUAUGGACACAAUUACAAAACACUUCCCACACAAAUAAAGUCAGAUCUAAUCGGAAAAAUAGCAAGGGCUCAUAGAUAGGCCAAGCUAAUAUAAUAAAAAUGACAAUACUUCCUAAAUUAUUCUACUUAUUCAAUGCCAUAUCAAUCAAACUGCCAAGAAAUUAUUUUACAGAGCUAGAAAAAAUCUGGAAGAACAAAAGGUCAAGAAUUCCAAGGGAAUUUAUGAAAAAUGCAUAUGAAGAUAGCCUAGAGCUACUAGACCUAAAACUUUUAUAAAGCAGUGAUCAUCAAAAUCAUUUGAUACUGGCUGAGAAAGAGUAGUCAAUUAGUGGAAUAGGUUAGGUUUACAAGACACAAUAUAAUCAAUGACUCUAGUAAUCCAGUGUUUGAUAAACCAAAAGACCUCAGUUUCUGGGAUUAAAAA